GCGAUAGCGACUGCAGCGAGCAGCCCUGCAGCCCUCGGGGCUGGCUGCGGGUCUGUGCGCACCCCGGGCUGCUGCGGGUCUGUGCGCACCCCGGGCAGGCUGCGGGUCUGUGCCCACCCCGGGCUGCUCUGGGGGUCUGUGCGCACCCCGGGCUGCUCUGGGGGUCUGUGCCCACCCCGGGCUGCUGAGGGUCUCUGCCCAUCCCGGGCUGCUCUGGGGGUCUGUGCCCACCCCGGGCUGCUGCGGUUCUGUGCCCAUCCCGGCUGCUGAGGGUCUCUGCCCAUCCCCGGGCUGCUCUGGGGGUCUGUGCGCACCCCGGGCUGCUCUGCAGGUCUCUGCCCAUCCCCGGCAGCUCCGGGGACACGGGCUCGGCGCUGGCACGAUGAUGUGAGCUGCAGCGGGCACAGAGCUCAAGGGCACAGCUGGGUUUGCCGGGAGGGGAGGCAGAGCACAGGCAGCGCCCGCGCCCGGGGGGCGGCAGCAGCGCAGCCCCAUGUCCAGAGGAGGAGAGAUGGUUUAUAUCCCGGAUGACUCCGACUUCAGCUCCUUCAGGGAUCAGUGCGAGAGCCUGGAGGGCUGGCACUGUCGGUACAACAAGGCUGGCGUCACCGUGUGGAGUCAGGGCCAGGAGGAAAGCUGCACCGUGCAGAAAAUCAAGACCCGCAUCUCCUGCAAGGAUGUCCCCGCCGAGACCCUCUAUGACGUGCUGCACGACACCCGCUACCGCAAGAAGUGGGACUCCAACAUGAUCGAGACCUACGACAUCGGCCGCCUCACCGUCAACGCGGAUGUGGGAUACUACUCCUGGAAGUGCCCGAGCCCCCUGAAGAACCGCGAUUUCGUCACGCUGCGCUCCUGGCUGCCGCUGGGCAAUGAUUACAUGAUCAUCAACUACAGCGUCAAGCACCCGAAAUACCCGCCCCGGAAGGAUUUCGUGAGAGCCGUGUCCCUGCAGACCGGUUACCUGAUCAAGGCCAACGGGGACGGUGCCUGCAUCCUCUAUUACCUCACCCAGGUGGACCCUCGCGGGUCGCUGCCAAAGUGGGUGGUGAACCGCGUGUCCCAGUUCGUGGCACCGAAGGCGAUGAAGAAGAUUUACAAAGCCGGGCUCAAGUACCCGGAGUGGAAGCGCCGGCACGACCCCGAGUACAAGCCCUGGGUGUACCCCGAGCAGAACACGCUGCCCAGCGUCAGCCUGGCCGAGCUCUCCGUGCAGCACGCCGAUUCCCUGGAGAACAUCGACGAGACCGGGCUGCCCGAGGAGCACCUGAGCACCAGCGACCACGAGGCCUGAGCCCUCUGCUCGGGGGAAUCCUCUCAUCACCCGGGCUUGGCAGCCAGGGGGCACGGCUGGGAAUUUGGCUCUCUGCUUCCCAAUAGUCGCAUCUGCUCUCCAACUCCUUCAUCACUGACCUCCCUCCCUAGCCAGGCAGCGGGGAUCUGCAUCACAGGGGCUGGAGAGAGGGAGGAUGGGCACUCCCUGUGCCCGUGGAGAUGUCCCUGCAGGAGACAGUGUUCUGUGAGAGGCUGAGGUGGGCACGAGCUUUCCUGGCACCAGGAUGUGGCUCUGCCACUGUAAAACCCUCAAAAGCCCAGAGCUGGGGGGAUCUGUGGGGGUCGUGCCCGGGUUUUGCAGCAGCACGAGGUUUGGGUUGACCCCAUCUGGCCUGAGGUGCAGCUCUGCCCAGCCCGAGGUCAGGCUGGACCCACUCCAGCCCUCCACACCCCUCCAAGCUUAGUGUGACCCCCAUCUCAGGGAGCCCUGCCAGGCCCUCCCCUGAGCACCAGCUCGCCUUUUCAGGCUGGCUCUAGCCCGGCUGGCUCUGGGGACCCCUUCCCUGGGUGGUGUGUGGGGUCUGUCCUGGCACUGGGGUCUCGGGCCGCCUGUGUCCCCACUCUCCCCGUGUCUGCCGCUGCCGUGGUUCCUGGCACAACAAUAAAGGGGUUGGUGUGUGUGCGAG